AUGAACAUGAAACGACUCAAAAAAUGGGAUUUAGAUGCAGCUGCUGCUCGUGUACGUCAAAUACCACAACCUUACCAGGCUACACUAAAAGGUCCAACAAGUGUUAGAAAAAUAUUCCGUAAACAAGAAGAUGCCAUUAACUUUGCCAAACAGUUUGGUCAGGAAAUGAUGGUAUUCAGUUAUGAAAGCUUAUCCCUUGGGAAUGAAGGUCAGCGUUCAUUUUUAGCAUGUGGAAUUCAGUCGUUCUUUUACACGUACAAGCAAAUGGCGCCUUCUUCUCGUUGUCACUAUGAGGUAAUUAUGGUAGACAGACCAGCUAAAUUAUAUUUGGAUCUAGAAUACUGUAAGUUAUCUAAUCAAAAUAAAGAUGGGGAAGUAGCUGUUAAUAUAUUUCUAAAGGCUUUGUGUGCUUGUAUUCAAUUCUUCUAUGAUGUAACUAUUGAACCCAGUGAAAUAUUUAUAUUGGAUGCAAGCACUUCGAAGAAAUUUAGUCAACAUGUCAUAAUCAACAGUAAAAAUCUUGUAUUUCGAAGCAAUUUAGAACAAGGUCAACUGAUUCGUAUACUUUGUAAAAGUUUGUCACAAUAUAGUUUAUUAAAUACUGAUUUCCUGUACACAAAUGAAUGUUCACAUUGUUCAAAUCAAAUUAAUCAUCUUAUACAAUGUAUAUUUCCCGAGAUUCAAUUAACCAGUAACGAUGCCAAAAAUUGUUUUGCUUUACCUAAAUUAAAACAAUCUACUUCAUCAUCAAGUGAAUUAUGGACAAGCGUGUGUGACUUAGGCGUCUAUACACGUAAUCGUAAUUUCCGUUUGGCUGGGUCAUGUAAAUUAUCCGGUAGUGGAUUAUUAUUACCAAAUUAUGUAAUCAAUAACAACGAAAUAUUUUCAUAUAUAUGGUCAAAUUGGCGAUCUUGGGCACGGACUCUUGUUACUUAUAUUGGUGAACAAUGUUCAAAUCUUAUUCAUCGACCAGUGGAAAAUUGUUGCUGUAGUAAAACUGACAACACUUUACUCACUUAUUUACCCACUAAUAAUUACUUCACUAGUUCUGAUAAUGUACAUGAAGUUCUUAAUGAAAAUAACGCCAAUAUUUUUCUUCAGUCAUUACCAUUAAAAAUCAUUGUUUUCAUAAGGAAAAUUAUCCGAGAAUGGUUUAAUCGUGGAUUAUCUGAUGAAAAAAUCAAUAAUGUGUUGUACAAUUUUGAGAAUCAAAUCAAAAUUAUUUCUUUCAAUAAAGGCAAGUUAGCUGUGAAAGUGGAAAAACUGCGUUUCUGUGAACGAGUCAAUCGUUCCCAUAAAAGUAAUCAUAUUAUUCUAGUCUUUGAUCUUAUCAAUGGUUGUUAUUAUCAGAAAUGCUUAGAUCCUGACUGUCGACUAGUAGAUUUUCGUUCAUCUAGUAUGCCAAUACCUGCCGACUGUCUCAAUGUUCCUUUUGUAUGUAACGAAGAUGAAUGUGUGUUGAGUGAAAGCAAUCUAACUAAUAAAAUUGAAUAUUACAGUGCUUUUGUAACACCUGAAGAUUUAAUGCUCGGUUCUAUACUGGAUAGUUUUCAAAAUUAA